AUGUCAGCUCUGCAUGAUGGGACUGUGAGGUUUGGCGGGCGCGGCCCGCUCAACUUUGGGGGAUUUGCCGUGUUAGGGCUUGCGAAACUUCGACAACGCGGCCGAAGCAACCGGGGACGGGCAGCAAUGAACAUGUUUGGCAAUGGGCCGCGGGAAGGGGGAGGGGGCAUGCCCGACUUGGACUCUCUUACUCAGGCCUUUGAUAGUGGAGUUUUGGCCCUCGUUACCGUACGGAACAUCGACCGACGGAGGCGGCCGCAUCCGUCAGGGUUUAUGAUGAGCGAAGCUGGCUGGCAGAUCAAGGACGUCUGGCAGUCAGGGCCAGGAAGAGUUGCUGUCACACCAGGGUUCCCGUCUCCGGCUUCGCGAAGGGGUCAACGGAGCAGGGAAAGAAUUCGAACAAGAAAUGCGGUCAACAAGCGGCUUGCCCAACUGGUGAACCGAGCUCCGAUGAUCAACCCGGUAAGGGUUUGA